AUGUCUUCUGGUGGACCAUGGCCUCCAGUCUCACCUCAUGCGGCGCUGCUGAGUUCUCCAAGUGGCCGCAAGAAGUACGAAGCCUAUAAGAAUGAUACAUCGUCAAUGCAGCGCUCAGCGACAACACCUAGCCUGGUGGACAGACUGCGAGCGGCACGGACGAACAAUGAUUUCCCCCCUCAACACGAGAGUCCUGAGGAUGACGAGGAUGAAGAGACGCUACAACUGAAGCUAGCAGCGAUUGAGGCAAAGUUGAAGCUGAAGAAGCUGCAAAAAGACAAAGCUCGCGCUGCAACACCAGGAAGGGCCUCCUCCAGGCCUGGUUCGGCCCAUGGACCGCCGGCUCCUCAAGUUGAGGUCAAAGCCUCCCCUACCAAACGAAUACAGGCUACACUUCCAAAGUCACCAUCUCGUGUCUUGCUGGGUAUUGAUAAGGGAAUACGUGGCGCCGACAUUUCGCUCAAAAGAGCCAGUACCGUCACAGGGAACCGUUCCAUGAUCAACUCAUCAACCACCCUCACCGACCGACCUACCUCUCGGUCUUCAGCAUUUAACUCGACUCGCUCUGCAACUUCCACUCGGACAGCCACCAGCAGCGAGUGCAGGAAGACAUUCAGUGAACGUAUGACCGAAGCUCGAGAACGGGAAACCACCAUCGAACGACGCCGUGCGACAACAGUCCAAAACCGCCGGAGAGGUUUCGUUUUGAAUCAGGAUGAGCUCGAGAGCUAUCGAACAGCAGCGGCCGAAACACGUGGGCAGGGAGCCUCGAAAUCACCCACGCGACAAUACUUUGAGUACAGCCGCGACCAAGUUCUCACCGCUGCAGCAGAAGCACACAGCGGCACGCAACAUCUUAAAAAGAGUCGAACCAUGCCUGACCUGCGAGCUUCUCCUUCAAAGGACACGGGCCAGCCCUCAAGACAUGAAGGAGCCGCCAACUUGUUCGAAGACUUCUCCGGCUUACACCUGACCUCCCGAGUCCUUCCACAUUCUUUCCUCAGACGCACCCUUCCCACCGAGACAUUCACAAUCUACCGUAUUCCCGACCUACUCAAGAACGUGCAAUCCCCCGACUACGAACUCCCGGAAACAGUGUGCGACUACGUGGUUUUCGCCGUCAUUGCCUCCAAAUCCUCCCCCAUGGACCACAAGAAGAUUCCCAACCAACGAGAUCCCGACAAAUCCACCGUUGGCACGAGGGACUGGGAGAAACGAUGGGACGAUGGCUCGCACAACAGCCGACGCUUCAUGGCCAUCACCCUUACAGACUUGGCCUGGACAAUUGACCUGUACUUAUUUGGCACGGCGCUACCGCGGUACCACCGCCUCACUCCUGGCACGGUUGUAGCGAUCCUCAACCCGGGCAUAAUGCCGCCCAAGCCAGGAAAAUCCGACACCGGGGCAUUCUCCCUGUCGCUGUCCGACGACAGCGACACAGUUCUCGAGAUCGGCCACGCGCGAGACUUGGGCUACUGCAAAACGCUGAAGAAGGACGGCAAGGAAUGUGGCAGCUGGGUCAACACCGCGAAGACGGACAUCUGUGAGUGGCACCUGAACGCCGAGAUCCAGCGAACCAAGGCCGGGAGGAUGGGCGUCAACACCGGGUCCAACGGGUUUGGAAGGCGGGAGAAUCGGCCGAUGACGAGGAAUGAGGAUCGCGCCCACAAGGGGUUGCUGAACAGAGAUGGGAGAAAAUUCGACCGCGAGACCGGCGCACAUUAUUACAUCGCCACUACGGGACCGAAGGGUGGCGGCGGCGCGGCGCGUGAUACUGGUCGUGGUGGUGCCGCCAGUCCGGACGACCCGUUCAUUCAGGCCGUCGAGGGAGAAUUAUCCCGACCGAGCGACCGGAAUGCCCGCCUGCGGAGACGCCUGGCCGCGCAAGCCAAAGAGAGGGAGAUUGCCGAGAAGCUCGGCUCGAGAGAACACGGCGGGUUCGGAUUCGACAGUGCUGGCGCCGAGUAUUUGCGUCGCAAAGCGAAACAACUCGGCGAAGACAACAAAAUAAAGGCUGUCGGCGACAACGGUCUGGACGAUGCCUCGAGCAAGGGUUCUGCCGCGAUAUCAAUGGCCAUCCUUUCCAGCGGGAGUACUACGAAGGAGAAUCGAAAGCGCACCGCUGCAGAUGUCCGUCUGUCGCCAGUCAAGAAAACACGUUUCGUCACGGCCAAGGGCAUCCGCGAGGCUGGAAGAGACAGUCUGGGCGCACCAGGUCACACAGUGGCCGCUCACGGUAGUGACAGUGAGGACGAGUUGGAGAUUGUAUGA